GUGGUGAACUGUAGGAGGACAAACGUGAUCAUUGGUGGGUGGCGGGUCUGACCAUCCUAUAUAAAUCCACACCAGUGAUCAUCCACAUUACGAUCAAGACCCAUCUGCCCCUCUCCUUACUUCAUCUCGUGGGCUUCUCGAUCGCCUUCAGCAAUGCUACGUGUACUCCUCGUUGCCGCGCUGGCAACAUCUUCCGCUUUAGGAUCCCUACCCAAACCACCAUGGGAAGGCGAGGGGGUAAAUCCUUGGCAAGAUCCAUGGAAAGGGGAUAAAGAUCCAUGGAAUGGAAAUGUAUGGAAAGGCGAUCAGAAACCAUGGAAAGGCGACCAGAAACCGUGGGAUGGCGACAAGAAACCAUGGGAUGGCGACCAGAAGCCAUGGAAGGGCGAUCAGAAACCAUGGGAUGGCGACCAGAAGCCAUGGAAGGGCGAUCAGAAACCAUGGAAUGGCGACCAGAAACCGUGGGAUGGCGACAAGAAACCAUGGGAUGGCGACAAGAAACCAUGGGACGGCGACAAGAAACCAUGGGACGGCGACAAGAAACCAUGGGAUGGCAACCAGAAACCAUGGCAAGGCAAACCUUGGAAAGGCAAUCCUUGGAAAGGCGAGCAAUCAAAAACCGGUCCUUGGAAAGCCGAACCAUGGAAAGGUGAACAAUGGAAAGGCGAGCAAUGGAACGGUGAACCGUGGAAUGGCCAGCAGUCGAUAAUUGGACCAUGGAAAGACGAGAAAAAGCAAGUUGAGCCAUGGAAAGGUGAAGUAAACGGCAACCAAUGGAAAGGCGAGCAGUGGAACGGCGAUGUUUGGAAAGGCGACCAAUGGAAAGCCGAUCAGUGGAAAGAUGAUCCAUGGAAAGAGGGGCAGUGGCAAAACAAACUAUGGAAGAAAGACUAGAAAGCAAGGGAAGGAGAAAAACCAAAUGAAAGCAUUCCUUAAAAAUACUAACCUUACAAAGGACAGAGAGAAAAUAGAAUGAUUUGUAAGUGAGGCACUCGAAAGGAGCUGUUAUUCCGGCUCAGUGUUUGUAAUACAUUAUACCUAUACAAUGCGAACAGUGAGUUAACUAAGGUUGACUAAAUAAAGAUUUAAUGAGAUAAAAAAAUAAAUACUUCUGGAAAAGUAUACAAGGUUAAUUCGAAUGUCUUCAAAGCCAACCCAAAACAAAGACUCAAGGGAGGUUGUAUUUUUAGUCUGGACGACAAAAUGUUUCUCUUAGCUAAUUAUUUUGCACUUAAUUUACCGCAGGCCAGUGAAAUGGGCUAUUUAUGUUCUCAUGGCAAUUUCUGAAUAUAUUUAUUGCUUAGACGUCAAAUAUGGGAAACCAACGUGAGGACAGUUUUAGUAGGACACAAAUCAAUGAUGUCGUGGUGCUUAUAUCCGUUGUCUCUUACUGAAAAAGCGGGGAGACAACACAGUAAGAACUAUAAGAACAGAAAACCAGCUUUCAACCUUGUCAAAAUAAAUUGUUUAUCGAUAUUCCUGUAUUCUACGUGAUGGAUUUAUUUUUUUGUCUCAAAUAAAUGUUGAUGUUUAUUUCAAUA